UCCAUUAGCUGGACUGUGAUGUCAAAUGUGCAAUUUCCCCGAGAGUGAACAACAGGAUACUAACUUCUUGUAAUCCGAGCGCCCAAUCUUCUCCGUCUCUUGCCGCAAUUACUCUAUGGGCCGUAUUUUUCCUUGCUCUCUCUUUGCAACAGUGCUAAAUCGAGUCCAGAUAAUCAGCUGUUAAGGAUAUAUUGUUCUUGACCACGCCAUGUUAUCCAAUAACUAUCAGAGUCCAGGACUAGGAUCUAUUUCUAGUCUCUACUACUUCAACAGGCGACGAGCUUUGAUUUCAUCAAAAUAUCCUCCCACAAUACAUGGCGGAACGAGGUACGAGUGUUCUGGUAAAAGUGGGAACUUACCUCAUGGGUCAAACAACCACACCAAUACCACAGGACAUUUAGGGUAGCUGAGAUAACAUCAUCGCAAUUCUGCCAAAAAAAUACGAUCUUGGAAGAGAAUGGUCCCAAGGCCAGACUAGAUA